GGGAUGGUCGUUCAUACCCCCGCAGUUCAGUGAGGGCGCGAGUUUCUUUGUUUUUCAAAUAAAGAUAUCGAAAUGGAAACAGCAUCUCCCAGCCGGAAGCCGGAGAAGUCUGAAGCAUGGAGCUUAAAGGUGCGAAGGUGGUGCCGAAGUCGUCGUUGUCAACUCUGGCGACUGUUGCUGCUGCCCUUUAUCCCGAUCCUAGCACUCAUCAUACAGACCACGCUCUCACUGCGGCACAGCAUCACAAACGGAAGAGAUGUCGCUGAUGUUGAAGAGCAGGUCAGUCGGGCCACGGAGCUGGGCAAGCUGGUGACGAGGCUGCAGCAGGAACGCUCCGAAGUAGCCUUCUUCAUCUUCACUAAUGGAAGUAAAUUGAGGUCAAAUCUAACGCAACGGUACGUGAGAACUGACAUGGCAGUUCAGAAGAUGGGCGAUCUUCCGGUGCUGAUGUUCAAGAACCGCACGAGGCCCGUUGAUGGAGCUACGUUCCAAGCUGAACUCACCGAGUUGAGAGCCAGCAUCAACGCCGAGAAGUCAAUGACCGAGGCUGUGGAGUGGUACACGAACGCGAACGCCGCCCUCCUCCAUCAUCUGACGAAGGAAAUUAAGGACACAGACAGCAGCACUCUUUGGAGGUACCUGGUCGGAUUCAAGAAUCUCCUACGCAGCAUCGAGUGUAAGGGUAUUGCUUCGGUUUUGGGCAUCAAUUAUUUCGCAAGAGGGUAUCUGCAAGCGAAAGCAUACGAAAGAUACGUGGCUCAUAUGACGUUAGGUAGAGAUCUUCUCGACAAUACUCUGAACUUGGUGCCUUCGUUGAUACCUCUUCAUAAAGACAUUAAAGAAGACAGCCCGGAAUAUCAAGAUUUGGAGAAAAAGAAUCAGCAAAUAGUUGAUAACAAGCAUCAAGAAGGGAGUGUCGCUGAAGCUAUAGAGUACUUCGAUCAGACGGCUACAUUUCUGGAUAAGCUGAGGGCUGUACAGAAACAACUCCGAGAAUAUAUCAGGGAAGGUGCAACGGAGAGUUUGAAAGACGCAAGGCAAAGCGAAGCGAUUUGCGCUGGUAUACUCGUACUGGUCUGCGUUGUUUCACCCAUUAUAAUUGCAUUGGUCAGAAACGCUGUCAACACUAUACAGGUAUAUGCGAGAAAUUUAUCAGAGAAAGCAAGAGAACUGGAGCACGAAAAGGAACUUAGCGACUCACUAUUGUAUCAAAUGCUUCCACCGAGCGUCGCUAAACAAUUGAAACAAACACAACAGGUACCCGCAGAGUUUUUCGCCUCUGUGACCGUAUAUUUCAGCGACAUAGUGGGCUUUACAGCCAUUGCAGCUGUGUCUACACCUUAUCAAGUGAUCAGUUUCUUGAACUCCGUUUACAAGUUGUUCGACGAAAGGAUUGAAUGUUACGACGUAUACAAGAUUGAGACCAUUGGUGACUCUUACAUGGUGGCGUCCGGGAUACCGGUUAGGAAUGGUAAUAAGCACGCGUCCGAGAUAGCCAGUAUGGCGCUGGAGCUGCUGGAAGCGACAUCAAUGUGUCGUCUACCGCAUCGGCCCGAUCAGACUUUAUGCAUGAGAAGCGGUAUUCACACCGGUCCCUGUGUGGCUGGGAUUGUGGGCAGUAAGAUGCCUCGGUACUGUCUAUUCGGAGACACCAUUAACACGGCCAGUCGCAUGGAAAGCACCGGAGAACCCAUGAAGAUUCAAAUUUCUGAAGACGUCAAAAGGGAAAUAGAUAAAACCGGUCUCUUCAUCACGACCCCGAGAGGAGUUGUAGAUGUGAAGGGUAAAGGUGAAAUGACGACUCAUUGGCUGGAGGGGCGCCGGCCGGGGUCCCGCACGCCGCUCUCCCUAGCUCCAACACACCCGCAGACACGCUCCUCGCCAAGAUACAAACACGACAAGAUAUUUCAUUACUAGCAAACCACAUAAUAUUAUAAUCUUGUUAAUGAGAUUGACUGAAUAAGCUGAAGUAUCAAUAAUUAACGUAUAACUUAAGAUCUUUAUUAUUAUUUAAGUAUAUAAAACUGAAUUGCUGUUCGUUAGUCUCGCUAAAACUCGAGAACGACUAG